UCUCAGCCUCAUGGUCCUCACCUGCACACCCCAUGUGUCCUGUGCCCCCUGCGCCUGUAUGUCCAGCACCUGGGCCCAAGUACCAUGGGCCGCUGCACUGCCUGACCACAGUGGCCCGUGAGGAGGGCCUUUGGGGCCUCUACAAGGGCAGCUCGGCCCUGCUCUUACGGGACGGCCACUCCUUCGCCACCUACUUCCUCUCCUACGCCAUCCUCUGCGAGUGGCUCACGCCUGCUGGCCAUAGCCGGCCAGAUGUACUGGGCGUGCUGGUGGCCGGAGGCUGUGCAGGGGUCCUGGCUUGGGCUGUGGCCACCCCCAUGGAUGUGAUCAAGUCGCGCCUGCAGGCAGACGGGCAAGGCCAGCAGCGCUACCGGGGCCUCCUGCACUGCAUGGUGACCAGUGUGCGAGAGGAGGGGCCACGGGUCCUCUUCAAAGGGCUGGCUCUCAACUGCUGCCGUGCGUUCCCUGUCAACAUGGUGGUCUUUGUCACCUACGAGGCUGUGCUGAGGCUCACCCGUGGCCUGCUCACAUAGCUGGUCCUGAUGCUCCCAGGGGCCGGCCCGCCAGCAGCCUCUGGAGGCUUCUAAAGGAGGCAGGGGGAAUGCUGGAGUCUGGGUCCACAGGGCCAUAGCCCAGGGCAGCUGGGAGCCUCGGGCAGCGAGAGAGCCUAGUGGAGGCCAUGCGAAUGUCAAGGUCAAGGGCAGAGCUGCUGGCAGCCCUGAGGGCCACAGGAGCCCCGUGGAGUGGGCCUUGACUGGGGGCCUCUGCCUCCGGCUGUCUGUGCAUCCUGCGCGCUGUUCAUCCAGCCUCCAGGUCCCCAACCACAGAGCCCCUCUCGCUGCCAUCACCGGGCCACCAGUCCAGGCCCGCACCCACUCACAGCACCCAGCUCCCACUGCCAUUUAUUGUGCUGCUCGCUCAUGACCAGUUUCCAUCCUUUCAGCCUCUCGGGGUCAUCACAUUUGUCUUCCGUCCCAGACAGGGUGUAACGAGUGUAAGGCCGAGCUGGGCUGGCAUGGGGGCUGUGGGCUCCAGGCCCCACUCGCUCCCUGCCCGGGCUGUGCAGAGGGAGCCUGCCGGGGUAGCGGUGCCCAUGGGGCCUCGGGCUCUGGUGGUGAACUCGGUGUGAAUGUUGUCAAGUGCCUUCACUGCCUGGGAAUGCCCCUGAAGGCUCAGUCGGAGCUGUUGUUAAUAAAACAGUUCUGAGGGUGUCAGUGGAGUUGCUCAGUGGUCUGUGGUGUUGCUGACCGAGUUUCCUGCCACCAGCUCAUCUCUGUACCUUGAAGCCUGCCUGCCCAUGCCUGGAGGCCAGGGGCUGCUGGACCUGCCUCUGAACCUGUGUGAAUGGGCUCCUGUUGUGCAGGUAGGCACACUGAGGUCUGGCUGGCUCUCUGCUGGCUCCGCUCUUGGCCUUUUGGGCUGGGGGCCUGUCCUGGGCUCGAGCCUGCCACAGAGGCUGUUCAGUGGGCAGAGGGAUGCCUGCCCUCCUGGUCCUCCAACUCACACUCCUGUUUGCUGAGCGAAACCUGGCUCCAGGCAGCUCCACCUUGCCCAAAUACCUGGCUUUAAGCCACCUUUCUGGAGAAGGCUGGAGGUGGCGAGGGGUCUGGAUGCACCCUGAACCCUACUGUGUGGGCACCUUAGUCAUCACAACGACUGACAGAUGUCAGAUGAGGGAGCUGAUGGGCGGGGCUGCCAGGUUGCACCUCAGAGAACGGGCGGGGGUGGGGCUUGCGCCCGUGCUUCUGAGACCCCGGCUU